UUCCACAAUUUUUAUUCUUUUCCCCUUUUUUCCUCAAAGCCAGCUCCAUUUUUGUUCAUGUUCCAUUGGUUGAAAAAGCUAAUCUGAGCUGGGGGGAAAAUGGGAUUUUUGAGCACUUUGCUGGGAAUCAUUGGCUUUGGGAUUGGAACUUCUUUUGGACUGUUGGUUGGAUUCUUUCUCUUCAUUUACUCCAAGCCCAAACCUGUAAAGGAACCAAUUACUAGGUCGCUUUACGAGCUAGAUGCUGAUGCUUUGCUCGAUAUUCUACCGGAUAUUCCGUUAUGGGUAAAAUGUCCCGAUUAUGAGAGAGUAGAUUGGCUGAACAAAUUUGUUACUGAUAUGUGGCCAUACCUCGAUAAGGCUGUUUGUGCUCAAAUAAAAAGCAUUACCGAACCCAUGUUUACCGAGUACGUUGGGACGUAUCGAAUAGAAGCCAUUGAGUAUGAUAAUCUAAGCCUGGGAACUAUUCCUCCAGAAAUUCAUGGCCUUAAAGUGUGUGAAACAAAUGAGAAACAACUAGUCUUGGAACCAGCACUUCGAUGGGUUGGCAAUCCCAACAUAGUUUUGUCGGUGAAGCUGUUGUCGUUUCGAAUCACCGUUCAGUUGGUUGAUUUACAAAUAUUUAUAGCACCACGGAUAACUUUGAAACCUCUUGUACCGACCUUGCCAUGUUUUGCAACUGUUGCGGUGUCACUCCUCGAGAAGCCUGAUGUAGACUUCGGGAUGAAUAUACUAGGAGGCGAUAUUAUGGCUAUACCCGGACUUUAUCGGUUUGUCCAGAAAACAAUUAAACAGCAAGUCGCGAGCCUCUACAUCUGGCCAAAAACAUUAGAGAUUCCGAUUCUUGAUCCUGCGACAGUUGCUGUAAGAAAGCCUGUCGGAAUACUACAUGUAAACGUUGUGCGGGCACAAAAGCUCUUAAAGAAGGAUUUACUCGGAACGUCGGACCCUUAUGUCAAGUUAAAUCUUACUGGAGAGAGCCUGCCAUCGAAAAAAACAACCAUCAAGAAGAGGAAUUUGAAUCCGGAAUGGAACGAGAAGUUCAAGCUUAUCGUGAAGGACCCAGAAUCUCAAGUUCUUCAGUUACAAGUCUUUGAUUGGGACAAGGUCGGUAAUCAUGAUCGGCUCGGAGUGCAGUUUGUCCCCUUGAAGCAUCUUACACCCUAUGAGAAAAAGGAAUUUAAACUCGACUUGCUGAAACACACAGAUAGUUAUGUUCCUCAAGAUAAGAAGCAAAGAGGGAAAAUCGUGGUCGAGCUGACAUAUGCUCCGUUUAGAGAAGACAGCGUUAAAUUAGAUGGGACACAAGAUGGACACUGGAGAAAGGAAAGCGGAUUAAACAGGCGAUAUUCCGAAAACGAAGUCUAUAGUGGAGCAGGUCUGCUUUCUGUUCUGGUUCAAGGCGCCGAGGACGUUGAGGGUGAACGCCACAACAACCCUUAUGCCAUGGUUUUUUUCAGAGGAGAAACAAAAAAGACAAAGAUGAUCAAGGGAACCCGGGAUCCCAUCUGGAACGAAGAGUUCCACUUCAUGCUUGAGGAGCCCCCUAUAAACGAGAAGAUCCAUAUCGAAGUCGUGAGCAAGCGAACAGGCUUUAGUUUCCGAUCAAAGGAGCAUCUGGGAAAUGCCGAUAUCAAUCUCACCGAUGUCGUCCAUAACGGACGGAUCAACAAGAAAUACCACCUGAUCGAUUCGAAGAAUGGAAUGAUACAUGUAGCCAUAAAAUGGACGACGUCUUGAGGAACAGGUAGGGGAUUAUAACAACAGAUGUAAAUUGGUUUUGCAAUAACAAUACAAAGAUUUGAGGAUACAAUGGAUCAAACACGUAGUGAGAAAUAUAGGAAGACAGAUUACUGCAAAAAUAAAAGC